UGCCGGCCCCGCUCACACUGAACCCGGACACGGCUAACCCGUGGCUGCAGCUGUCCGAGGAUCUGUGCAGCGUGUGGAUGGGUGCGGAGCGGCAGUCCCUGCCCGAGUCCCGGUGGAGAUUUGACCGAUGUGCCGGCGUGCUGGCGACGCAGGGCUUCACGUCCGGCUGCCACUACUGGGAGGUGGAGGUUGGCGGCAAGACGGGGUGGGACCUCGGCGUGGUGCGGCGAUCGUGCCAGAGGAAGGGCAGGGUGGAGCGCCGGCCCCGGGAAGGCUACUGGAGGGUGAGCCUGCGGAGAGUCGAGGGGUACCAGGUUGUCACCGAGCCCCCCACCCCCCUCACCCUGGAGCGCGGACCCAUGACUGUCGGCGUCUACCUGGACCACGAGGGCGGCCAGGUGUCCUUCUACGAUGCCGGCAGCAUGGUGCACCUGUACACCUUCUCCCACACCUUCUCCGAGACCCUCUACCCCUACUUCUGUCUGUGCCUCACUGACGGGGGCAAGAACGCAGAGCCCAUGAAGAUCUGCCGGCUCACCAGCCAGUCCCGGCAUCACCUGCCGGUGGCAUUACCCGCCCACUCCGAUACCUCAUCCACCACCACCCGCCACCUCCACACAUCCUAACUGUGGAUAGACACAGAGUGCUGGAGUAACUCAGCGGGUCAGGCAGCAUCUGUGGAGAACAUGGAUAGGUGACGUUUCACAGAGUGCUGGAGUAACUCAGCGGGUCAGGCAGCAUCUGGUUUCUUCCCACACUUCAAAGACGGACAGGUUUGUUUGCUAACUGGCUUCCAUAAAGUUGUAAAUAAUCCUUAGUAUUUACGAUAGUGUUAGUGUGCUGGUUGCUGUGGACUAGGUGGGCCGGAGGGCCUGUUUCCAUGCUGUAUCUCAAGUCUAAAGAUCACUCCCCACAUAUCUCCAGCGGUGGAGGGGCCAAUCACAGUGUAUGAACUCCGAACAAACUUCUCAGGAUGUGUGUUGAUGAUGUGAAAUAAUUUUGAGAGGUAAAUUAUGUACCGCUUGAUUUUACGUUUGUCUGUUGCUGUCGAUAAGUUACUGGGCACUGGGAUGAGCGAGGAACCUCACGCGUGGAUGGAGAGAUGGAAUAGAAUACGGGUAGAGUGUGUGAGACAAAGAAACAUAGAAAAAUAGAUGCAGGAGGAAGCCAUUCAGUCCUUCGAGCUAGCACCGCCAUUCAAUAUGAUCAUGGCUGAUCAAAUAAAUUUAGUACCCCAUUCCUGCUUUUUCCCCAUAUCCCUUGAUUCUGUUAGCCCUAAGAGCUAAAUCUAGCUCUCUCUUGAAAACAUCCAGUGAAAUGGCCUCCACCGCCUUCUGUGGCAGAGAAUCCCACAGAUUCACAACUCUCUGGAUGAAUCUUCUUGGGGUUUUAUUUCAUUUGAUCACUGAAAGCACCAAGGCUUCAAUGAUUAAAAAAAGUGCCACUACUUCCUGAGAAGAUUAGGGAGAGUCGGUUUGUCAAGGAGGACUCAAGGAGAGCAUACUGAUUGGCUGCAUCGUGCCUUGGUUCAGUAACUUGAACGACCAGGAGAGGAAAAGAGGAAAAGUUGUGACCACUGCCCAGUCCAUCAUCGGCUCUGACCUUCCCACCAUCGAAGGGAUCUAUCGCAGACCCUGCCUUAAAAAUGCUGGCAGCAUCAUCAAGGACCCACACCAUCCUGGCCACACACUCAUCUCUUCGUUGCCAUCGGGAGGAAGGUACAGGAGCUUGAAAUCUGGAAUAUCCAGGUUCAAGAACAGCUUCUUCCCCACAGCCAUCAGACUAUUAAACACAACACAACAUAUUAAACAAGCUCUGAACAAUAACAGUCUAUUGCACUUUCUGUUUGUUUAUUGUGUAUAUAUAUGGUAUAUGGUAUAUAGACACACUGAACUGUUAUCUCCUGUUCUCUAUUAUAUUCUGUUGUGCUGCAACAAGCAAGAAUUGCAUUGUCCUAUCUGGGACACACGACAAGAAAACUCUCUUGACUUGAUUCUCUUGGCACGUAAUUCGAAUAAACAAAACCUUUCUAUUA